AUGAAUGAAAAGACGACUUCAGAGGCAAUGCCUCUAUUAAGAGACCGCCUUCAGCAGCGCCCGCGUAAAUCCAAUGUUUCUACUGUGUUGGGACUUUUGGCUGCUAUCAAACCACGACGAGACCUACGAUGGGAGUCUUGUUAUGACAAGUUUGAAUGUGCAAGGCUCGACGUUCCCAUGGACUGGCUCAACCCUUCUGAUAGAAAGCGCGUGGUACUUGGAGUUAUCAAACUACCAGCCAAAUCCAAGAACAAUAAAGUUUCACCGCUAUUCAUUAACCCUGGAGGUCCUGGAGGUUCAGGAAUCACCUUUGUGAAGCGCGAGGGUCAUAUUCUACAAGCAAUCGUAGGCGACAACCACGAUGUUAUCAGUUUCGACCCUCGAGGAGUUGGAGUUUCUACACCCCGUAUGGAGUGCUGGGGUUCAUCUCAAAGGCGACGACUUUGGUCUCUCCAAGAAACACCUGUAGCUGAUGAACACCCUGGUCUUAUCUACGAUGCUUACGCCCGAGCUACAGCCUACUCGGGCGCAUGCGAGUCGGCAAUGGAGGACAUGGGUCUCAUGCAGUUCAUUGGAACCGCAUCCAUCGCUAGAGAUAUGCUGGAGAUUCUCGACAAGACGGGUAACGAGAAGCUUCGUUAUUGGGGCUUCAGUUACGGUACUAUCCUUGGUGGUGUGUUUGCUGGACUGUAUCCUGAACGGGUAGAGAGACUUGUCAGUGAUGGAAACGUUGACUAUCAUGACUGGUUCCACUUGGAUCACGGAAACUUUGUCACUGAUACAGACAAGAUUUUCGACGCAUUUGAUACAGCAUGCCACAAAGUCGGACCUCUCAAGUGCGCAUUUCACGCCGAAUCUCCCCAGGCCAUUGAGAAGCGCCGAGGCGAUCUCCUCGCUCACCUCAAGAAGUCACCAGUUCUGCUCCCCGCAUGGUCUCAAGACUCAGGUCCUGAACUACCCUUUCUAAUCUCCUACUCGAAUCUUCAGCGCCUCAUUCAGACUUGUAUCUAUGCCCCGAUCGUCAAGUUUCCUCAACUGGCUCGUGUGUUUGCCGCUCUGGAGAAAGGCGACGGAGUGCCUUUCUACGAAAUGGUCCUGGAGAUGAGCGAUAACAAGGCACAAGGGGGUCUAUGUGAGCUUGGAGAUACUCCUGCUACAACGCCUUUCGAGACGCCAAUGGAACUCGAUGCUUUCCCUGCCAUCAUGUGCUCCGAUUCAAAAGCUGCGAACGAGUCCCCGGAGGAAAUUGCAGAGUACUUUGACAGAAUUACAAACAAGAGUCGCUGGGCUGGUGCAGCCAAUGCCAAUUUCCGCGUUUCUUGUAUCGGACGAAAGACGAGGCCGAAGUGGGAGUUUACAGAUGACGACUUUAGGGGCGAUACUGCGCACCCUAUUCUUUACAUCGGCAACACAGCCGAUAAUGUCACACCUCUGCAAAGCGCAUUUAACAACUCAGUCAAGUUCCCAAGCUCAGUUGUCCUCACCCAGAACGCAUACGGGCAUUGCUCUCUCGCAGCACCCUCAACUUGCUCGGUCCGUUACGUGCGAGAGUACUUCCAGAAUGGAACACUCCCGGACAAGGGAACGGUAUGCGACUCGGACUUUGACCUCUUUGAGUUGCCUGUUUUGGGAGAAGAGAUUAUGGGCUUGGAUGAGCUUAGCUCGAUUGCUCUCAAGUUGUCUAGGGAAGUAGAGAUUCCAAGGACCUUUUGAGGGUCAUUUAUAAGAUAUAUUUGUGCAUGAAUGAAUUAUGGAUCACGGAGAGGACUUGGCGGGGAAAGAAAGGUUGCGUAGCAUAAGUAUAAGUUAAGAGAUAUAAA